GUCUUCGUCGUCAUCAUCAUGGUAAUGUUCUCAACCUUCAUCUUUCUAAAUCUCAUCAUGUCCGGCUAAUCUUCUAGUUGUUCCGGAUUUUAUGAACCCUAAUAUGUUUUACAUUGAUUGAGUGGUAUCUUUGAUAUAGACGUGUUGUUCUCGUUCUUACGAUCUUUUCUCGACUUAUCACGUGCAAGUAUCAAUAGUACGCAUCUAUUGUAUAUUUUGUCUGAUACAUGUAAAUGAGACUGCGAGGUAAUUUUGCAUGUUAGAUCCCUCGUGAAAAGAAGUAAUUGAUCGGAGCCACCGGCGAUGGGGUCACGUAGUUCCUCCGGAUUAGCUUAAAAACCUUGUACGAAAAUUCAUAAAUCUGGUUAUUGCUUUGGUUUAAGAUUUUUGUAAGCCACGGUUUCACUUGAUUCUUAAGUCGAAAGGGUGUUAAUACAUGUGCGAACGGGUUAACACUAAAUUGGGAAUUUUCACGGUCUAAGAUAUUAACACUCGUCUAUGUUAAAUUCAACUUGUCUGUAAAAUGCAUAUUAGGGGGAUUCACUUCCGGGACAACGCCUUCUCCACUUGAUUUUACUUUGAAAACUACUUUAUUGUAUCUUUAUUAUUGCGUGUGUUUUUAUUUCUAAACGAAAAUCAACUAAAAACGAUUGACUAGAUAAUAGGUAAAAGCUGAGUACUAGUACACAAAGUCUCUGUGGAUACGACCUUGCUUCCUGCUAUACUACCGUAGAACGAUAGGUACCCUUGCCUAUUUUUCCUGUGUUAGUUACGGGCGAUCAAGUUUUUGGCGCCGUUGCCGGGGACUAAGUUGUUAGAAAAAGCUUUGAACUAUUAAUUUAGUCGCUUUAUUUUUCUUGUUACUUGUUAUAUCACACUUGUUGCUUUCACGGGUUGUUCUUGUUUUUGUGCAUGAAAUAGUGCAUGACCCGAAACCACCCACGUGGACUAGUCGACCUUAAUCCCGAGAUCGAGAGAACUCUUCGUCAAUGAAGGAGAGAGCAACAAGUGCGGCCACACACAAUGGUGGAAGAACACGCUGAAGUGAACAAUAGGACAAUGUCUGAUUAUGGCCGUCCUACCUUGGACGGAACUCACUCAAGCAUCCGAAGGCCCAAUAACGAAGCCAACAACUUCGAAAUCAAAACUGGGAUGCUACAAAUGAUCCAAAAUUGGGUGCAAUUCAAUGGGAUGCCCGACGAAGAUUCCAACACUCAUAUCAAGAAGUUUCUGGAGCUCUGUGACACCAUCAAAAUCAAUGGUGCAUCCGUCGAUGCUAUUCGCCUUCGACUAUUCCCGUUCUCUCUCGACAACAGAGCACGGGAGUGGCUUGACGGUCAACCACGGAAUUCCAUCACAACGUGGGACGGGUUGGCUGAAAAAUUCUUAGCCAAAUAUUUCCCACCAAGCAAGACGGCGAAGCUGAGGAACGACAUCGCCGCCUACCACCAAGAAGACUCUGAAACUCUCUACGAAACUUGGGAGAGAUUCAAGAACACCCUCAGGAGAUGUCCUCAUCACGGCAUUCCCCAUUGCUGCAAAUGCAAACUUUCUACAAUGGGCUAAAUCCAGAGACGAAACAAUCAAAUGACGCAGCAAGGGGUGGCACCAUCAACAACAAAACACCUCCCCAAGUAGAGCAGCUAAUCGAAGACAUGGCAAUGAACAGCUGACUCACUUCUACUGUCACUCCAGGAAUUGGCCAAGUGAAACCACUUCCUGAAGCGUAGUAUAGUGGGUUUAGGUUUAUAUGUCAACCCGGGUCCUAGAUUUGAUGACUACUCAGUGAAUUCUUGUUAUCUAGCAAUGAAACUUUAAUGCAAGUCUAAACUAACAAACUAACAAAGCAAGUAAACGGACUAAACUAACAAACUAACAAAGCAAGUAAACGGUUGUAUUCAGGUUAAGAGAGGUCACCCGGAUAUGGUUCCCCCUAGACUGCAGUUAAGCCGGAUUGCAAUUACCAAGUUCAGUUUCUAUGAAAGUUAUACUGCGGAAGGUUCUUAAACAGCCUGAAGUCUCGACUAAAGGUCUUCAGACCCUCUCAAUCUGAGUCUCUAGCGGGCGACUAACCUCCACUGGAGUAAACAGAUUGAGGCCUUAACAAACAAAACCUCCACUACCGGAGUAAAACCGGUACCGAAUAGUGAGUUGGUUCCUCGACUAAAGUCACCAACUCCCUACCUUCAAUCAAGGAUGCUCUAUCAACCUAGGCAGAUAUUCUCAUUCUAGGUUAAAGUAGAAACAACAGGAAUUUGAUCAGGAUUCAAGUCAUUCAAUCAUUCAAACCUCAAUCGAAUAUAAUCAAAACAUAGAAUCGGUACUUGGGUUCAUACAAUCAAAGCCUAACAUACAAAUCUAGGGUUCUCCAUACCCAGAUGAAUGGGAGAACUACUCCAUGGAGAAAGAAGCAAAAGCAGAAUCAGACGCGGAAUUCAUACUAUGAAGGAUGGAUUCCUGCUCCUGGAUGUUGAUCGGCACUUCUCCAAGCUCAAACUGGCCUCCAAUGGUGUUGAAGAUCAAGCUAGGGUGCUUGGAGAUUCUUCUUCGUCGCUUUCUCUCUCUAGGAAUCGCUCUGUCUCUCUAAAACUCGAAUCCCCUUCUGUUUGGCUGAAAAUCUGCUUAAAAGGGCAUCAGUGGCCAAAGCACGGUCGAGGGCACGGCCGUGUAAUGCCUCAGCCCGCCCGUGUUUUGGCUAGUGUUAAUUACACUAGGAGAAACACGGCCGUGCUUUUGGGAGGACACGGCCGUGCUUUGGUGAAGCACGCCCGUGUUCUAUCUCAGCCUUGCCCGUGUUUUGGCCAAUGUUUGCCAAACUCGAAUUAGCUCUCGGCAGUAAAAGCACGGUCUCAGAACACGGCCGUGUUCUGAUUUAGGUGUGCCCGUGUUUUGGCUCCAGCUUGACGAAAUGACUUCCGAAUGCCCCGAAACUCGUGCUCAACCUUCCCUUUGACAUCAGGGACCUGAAACAUGACAAAAUAGCACAACCCGGCGUAAAAUAGGCCAAAAACACACAACUAUGCUCCUCAAACGGAUAAGAACUAGGGGCGCAAAUACGUGCAAUCACAUCGUUAUCAAAUUCCCCCACGCUUAACCGUUUGCUUGUCCCCAAGCAAACCUAACUCAAACUAAUGAAACUCUCCAGACCUCUCUAGCAACAAACAACCCAGAUCGUAGGUAGAGGACUUUCUAGAUCAUUUAGCAGCUUACGAGGUCAACCGACGCACAAGUUAUCUCAUAGCUUCUUCGGCGAGAACGCUAGUCUCGAGUCGGCAUUAUGGCAAAUAGUGAACAGAGGACAAAUGGAUCGUGGAUGAAGAGAUUCUCAAAAACAAAGGAUCAUGGACUCA